CUCUCUUCUGGCAGCGCCUGACAGCGAAGCACUGUCCCCCACCAGGCUGGACUGAGAGCGGCUGAACUGGGGCUCAUGCUGGGGGGGCUCGGCUGUGGGAAGCCUUCAUUUAAUCCAGCCUGAGGAGGACCACUGUGGACCACUGGGAGUGCUGCUGCGAGGAUGGCGUGUUUGCUCCAACUCUGAGACAAAAGCUGAAGGUUCAUGGCCAAAUGUAGGGGCGUGCUGGCCGAGGAGAAGCGCUGCGGGGGGGGCGGCAUGUCCGCCACGCAGGAGAUGAGCCGCACCAGUGUCUACAGCUACUUCCUGAACAUGGUGGCCUAUCAGAUAUGCUGCUGCUGUGGACCGGCCCCUUGCUCGCUCUGCUGUGCCUUCUGCCCCCCGGUCAAGUCCUCCACCAGCACGCGGGUCAUGUACACGCUCUUCCAUAUCCUGAGCUGCGCCGUCUCCUGUCUGAUGCUGUCGCGCACCGUCUCUGAGCUGGUCAGGGAAAAUGUGCCUUUCUUCAACGUGGUGUGCGACCAGGCGCAUGGAGGGGGCCACUGUGAGAUGCUGGUGGGCUACUCGGCGGUGUACAGGGUCUGCUUCGGCACAUCCUGCUUCUAUUUGAUGAUGGCCAUCUUCCUCGUCGACGUGAAGUCCACUCAGGACUUCAGAGCCCUCAUUCACAACGGCUUCUGGUUCCUGAAGUUCAUCAUGCUGCUGGGCAUGUGCACGGCCGCCUUCUUCAUCCCCACCGAGUCCUUCCUGCACGCUUGGCAUUAUGUUGGUGUGGUGGGGGGCUUUGCCUUCAUCCUGAUCCAACUAAUCCUCAUCACAGCUUUUGCUCACACGUGGAACAAGAACUGGUUGACUGGAGCUGCAGAGAACAAGCGCUGGUACCUGGCUGUGAUGUGUGCCACCCUCUUCUUCUACACGAUUGCAACCAUGGCCUUCACUUUCAUGUAUAAGUACUACACGCAUCCCAUCGCCUGCCACUUCAACAAGGUCCUGCUGUGGGUCAACCUGGGGCUCUGCGGCCUCAUGUCCUUCAUCGCUGUUACACCAUGCGUGAAGCAGAAACAGCCCCGUUCUGGACUCCUCCAGGCCUCCAUCAUCAGCUGUUAUGUCAUGUAUUUGACUUUUUCUGCUCUCUCCAGCCGUCCUCCAGAAAAAGUGCUUCAUCAGGGCAGGAACAUGACUGUCUGUUACCCCAACGUGGGACAGGAUGGCAUCCAGAACGAAGGCAACGCUGUGGCCGUCAUCGGAGCCUUCAUCAUGUACUGCUGCGUCCUGUUUGCUUGCAACGAGGCCUCCUACCUGGCUGAGGUGUUCGGGCCCUUCUGGAUGAUAAAGGUUUACCGAUACGAGUUCCAGAAGGCCACCUGCUGCUUCUGCUGCCCCGAGGAAGACACAGCUGAGGAGGAGUUUGUUGUUGACGACGAAGACAAAGGCUGUCAGAAGGUCAUUCAUAACGAGACACAGAAAGUGGCCUACAGUUACUUCUUCUUUCACUUUGUGUUCUUUCUGGCCUCACUCUACGUCAUGAUGACCCUUACUAAUUGGUUCAGCUACGAGUCUGCAGUCCUGGAGACCACCUUCACACACGGCAGCUGGUCCACCUUCUGGGUAAAGAUGACUUCCUGUUGGGCCUGCGUGGUUCUGUACCUGUGGCUGCUGCUGGGUCCUCUGUGCAGCUGUCAAAACGAGUCCAGACCCAGACGAUCCCGUAUCAAACGUCGCCCACCGUCCUCCCGCCACGUUAGCGUCACCGUCUGACGCUGAAGGGGAAUCGGGAAGCUAACCAUGCGAAGAGAGGGCUCUGAUCCCCCCACCCAUGAGGUGGUGGGUCAAAGACACCCGGCGGUGUGAGGACGGCAGCAGAACUGGUCCUGAAGGGACCAGUCUCCUGGAAAAGGAGAGGACUGCGGUUUUGAAGUAUUCAGGAGUUGGUUCUGAAUCCUGUACCAGGAGAACACGUCUGAUUGUUUACUAUUUCAUGGGGAUUUUAUUUUUGCUGAAUGUAGACAUAGGAGGGGCUUUGUGUUGAUAUGAUGCUGCAGAUCAGCACCUUUAUUUAUCACCUUCCAGCAUCAACAAAUCCUUCACAAGCUGCCGGAAAUUCUGGAUAAAAGUUUAGAAAACAUCAUCUGCUUAGAACUUACAUUCAUCCCUGUCCCGUCUUCGCUUGCCGAAAUUUUUGUACCUUCAUGGGGUGGGGGGUUCGUUCUGCGACGAAGUAAGCAGCAGAAACGGUGACAAAGGACGGGAAGCUGAGGGUCCCGCCUGUCUCAGAGGAGCGCUGGGGUGAUUCUCUGAGACCCACACAUCAACAUUUAGACAGAAAACUCUUCAAAGGGAGAAUCUAAAGUGUUCUAUUUUUGCAUGUUGAGUGUAAACUGAUUCUAAGAAAAAUGCGCCCGUGAGAGACCUCCAACAGGAACAGAAAUGACGGACUUUCUCUGAAUGUAGAGAUGAAGUCUGCUGCUGAAAGACGGAUCGGUUCUAGAUGAGCCGUCAUUGCUCUUUUGUGUGUUCAUGAUGCUUAUUGUUGCCUUCCCCACAAGAGAAACUGAGCAGUGAUAACGUUUCCGGUUUUACAUCAAAUGUUUUUAAAGCUGCUCCAUCAUAAAGGUGUUUGCACUUCU